AUGAUUAAAUUGUUAAACAUAACAAGCAAUGCCCUAAGAAGACUUAAAAGUUUAAAGGAAAUGAAUAAACACUUGCAUAUAAAUGUAACUGGAGGAGGUUGUUCAGGUUUCCAGUACCACUUUAAUGUUUUAAACGGUAACAAUGAAUCCAUAGAGCUCAUUAAAUCUUGUACAUUAGAUUUCCAGGAGGAAUUGAUUGGUUCUAAAUUUACUUUGGAUAUACCAAAUUCCACUAGGAAAUGUUCGUGUGGUAACUCCUUUGAAAUUGAAUAG